GCGAGGUGGAGAGUUUAAAAUGGUCUUGCGGAGACGGUUGGCUUUCUAAUGUGGGGCUUUCGACUUUUUGUGCUCAGACUGGAAUAGUUUCUUUUCGCUAUCAUAUUUCUAUGUUAUUGCUACAGUUGGUGUCCUUCUAAAGAUCUCCAUCUGGAUGAAUAAAAGAACACACUAGAAACUUGGAAAUAAUAAUCUAUUUUGGUAGGCCUUUGAUACCAAGGAUGGCUACUCCUGUCUUCAUAGACAAAGAAAAUGGUAACAUUGGCACUGCUGCUGCUUCAAAGAAUCGACUGAGACUGCUGUCAGCACCUUCGAAGGCCUUUCUUGAAAAACCCCACCCUAAGACUCCACUUGCUGGAAGGACAGCUAAUGUUAAUUCAGCAACCAUCUGUUCUGUCAAGAAGGCUCUAGGAAAUGGGAGCAUGACAGUAAUAUCCACAAAGCACCAAAUCCCAAAAGGAAAGAAGUUUGUAUCUGCAAAAAAAGUUGCUGAGAAUACAGGUAGAGUUGAAGGCUGCAGCAUGGCCACUGAAGACUGUCCAGAAAAGGAGAAUUUCUUUCCUUGUAAUCCUCUAGGUAACGUUCAAUACUUUGAGAGUUUUGAGGUUCCUGAGGAGCACAGACUGAGCCAUCUAUCACUGACUGGUGUUCCUCUUAUGACAUUUGGAAAUACAGUUGAGAGGUUUCAAAGCAUGAUCCAUAUAACUGGAAAACCACUUUCAAUUUCUUGGGGCUUUGAUACUCUUCAGUCAACUACAGACUUCCUAGCUACUUUGGAUGAAGUAGUAAUUGACUUGCCCCCUCCUCUGUAACCUAUCUUUUAAACUGUA